AUGCAGGGCGCACGAAAAAUCCAUGCGAUUAUAAUUGCUGCUCUGGAGGGUCGAUUUACUAAUGGUCUGCGAAACGACUCAAGCCUGCGCAACCUCGCCGUCGUCACGCAGCAGUUCGUCUUUCGUGCAACGUCAGUUUUCACCACUCCCAUCAUCGCCCAUGCGCUGCUCGUGCUCACCAUGCUGUUUCCCGAGGAGGAUGCGGCGCAGCUAAAGACCUGGAUAGUCAAGCGCAUCGAGAACACAUCCGAUGCCGAUUCCGACGUCCUAGCAGACUACGUCAUUGCUCUGUUGAGGCAUGAUGGCGACCAAGCCGCCAUUCGCAAGCUUUGCGAGGAAGAAAUUCCCGAUUUUCUGACCGAAGACUCGAAAGCCUUCCUCGACGACGUCUUUCAAGCCAUUACUUAUAAGUCCUAUAUGCCCGGUGCACCUCCACCGCCAAAGAUACCUUCAACAAGCAACUCCAGUACUACAGCGAACCUGCCACUGAAACCAUCCAACUCGCGAAAACGCGGCCUCGACGACGCUGGAGACACUCUUGACAAUAAUGGCUACCAGCAACACGGCGAGCGAGCGUACAAACAGGCGCGACGAGGCGGCCGUCGUAAUGACGACUUUGGCGGAUACGCACCCCCCGGCGGUAUGCCAAAUUUGCCGCCUUUCGACCCGAAUAACCCAAUGGAAGCUUUCAUGAGAAUGCAGGCUAUGGGCAUGCCGUUUCCUGGCAUGCUAGACUACCAGGGUAACGCAUCAGGCCACAGACAGCGCAAGCGCGGGCGGUGCAGAGACUUUGAUAACAAAGGCUACUGCUCCCGUGGGAGCACGUGCGCGUACGACCACAGCCAAGAGCCAGAUGCAGCCGGAGACUACAAUAUGGGUGACGGUUUUAUGGAUAUUUCGCAGAUGAUGUUCCGUGGACCGCAAUUCAUCAGCGAUGCGCCUCGCGGCGGUCGAGGUGGCCGAGGCGGGAGAAGGAAUCGAGGAGGAAAGGGCUCUAAAGGUUCCCGGGCUACGUUCUCCGCAGACGGCCCCGUAAACGAUCGGUCUAAAUCGACAAUAGUGGUGGAAAACAUCCCCGAAGAGAGCUUCUCUGAAGGUCACGUUCGCGACUUCUUUGCGCAGUUUGGCAACAUUCAAGAAGUGACGAUGCAACCUUACAAGCAUCUUGCCAUUGUCAAAUAUAACAAUUGGGAUGAAGCAGAUGCAGCUUACAAGUCUCCAAAGGUCAUCUUUGACAACAGGUUCGUCAAGGUGUUCUGGUACAAAGAUGAGACAGACAAAACAAGCCCACAUGGCUCGAGAUCCGGCGCCAAUGGACUCGGAGAAGGUUCUACCGGAGAAGAUGGUGUUGACCAAGCACAAGAGAUGGACCCAGAAGAAUUUCAAAGAAGGCAAGAGGAGGCCCAAAAGUUGCAUCAGGAGAGAGAAACAAAACGCUCGGAGUUGGCAGUGAAGCGCCAGGAGCUCGAGCAAAAACAGCAGGAGCUGUUAGCGAAGCAUCGCGCUGAGACAGAAAAGUUACAAGCGAAACUUAUGGCCAAGUCUGGUGGCACUGAUGACAAUGGCACACCGACUGGCUCAACGGACAUGCUACGAGCGAAACUCGCGCUCCUCGAGCAAGAGGCCAAGAUUUUGGGCAUAGACCCAGAAAACUCAAACGCCGAGGACAACAGCAGCACAGGAGGCUUCCGUGGAGGCUACAGAGGCAGAGGCUAUCGCGGCCGUGGUGCCUUUGGUCGAGGUGGAUAUGCACCGCGUGGCCGGGGCUCCUUAAGAGGAACCGGGGCGCGACACGCUGCCUAUGCGCAGUUCUCCUUGGACAAUAGACCCAGGAAAGUUGCCAUCGCUGGUGCUGACUUUACUGUCACUGAGAAGGACGAAGCAUUGCGUCAUUUCUUGAUUAGCAAUGGCGAGUUCGAGUCCGUCGAAAGCGGCGCUGACAAGACGAUGGUAUCAUUCCCGGAUCGCAAGACAGCAGAGAAAUUCUACUACUCCCUGCAUAGGAAAGAGCUUCCAGGCGUUGACGGCAAAUUGGAGCUGUCUUGGGUCAACACACCUCUUCCACCCGUAGCACCGAACGGCGCACGUUCCCUGGUACCCGGCCCGUCGGCAGGCGAUAAGGCCGCUGCUGAAUUCGAGGGCGUAGGGGAAGAUUUUGGUAACAUGGACCAUGGGGGAGAAGAUUCAAUUGAUUCCCUUUGCCCGGGGUUGGUCUACAAUGGGAACUAUGUAAAUGAAUUCCUUUAUUUUUAUUCGGGAUUAUUCGAAAGCGUUGGUGAUGGGUUUUAG